AUGAUAUUUAUAUCAUCUUAUAAAAAUAUAUAUAAAUAUAUAUUUAUUUUAUUAAUAUUGAAUUUAUUGUUAGUAUAUGUAUAUUCAGAGCAUCAACAGCAACAACAACAGGAACAACAACAACAACAACAACAACCACCUUUACAACAACAUUCAAAACAAAAAGCACUAAAUCAACAACAACAACAACAAAAUAAUGUACAACAACAAAAACAACAAAAACAACAACAACCAAAACAAAAAUAUUUAGAAAAAAAGAAAAAGUUGAACAACAAUAAUAUUAAAGAUAAUAAUGAAGAUGAAGAUUUAAAUAAAGAAUUAAAAGAAUAUAUAAAGAAUAUUCAACAAACGGGAAAUAAUGAAAUGAAUGCCAAUCAGAAAGAACUGACAGAGCAACAACAACAAGAGAGAAAACAAAAGAUUCAUCAAUAUGUAAAUUCUUUUACAAGUAUGGUCGAUAAUGAUAAUGAUGACGAUGAUGAUAGUGAUGGAGAUACCGACUCUAACGGUGAGGACAUAAAGGUAACGGUGGUUGACGGUGAUCAACCGUUCUUUAUCUCCAUUCCAAUCGAGGAGCUAUCGAAAACCGACGAUCCAGCCGGAGAAAUAAAGAAGGCACUUCUCAACGAGUUGAUGAAGAAACAGCAGUUGGAGGAAUCGGAUUUGCAAUUCCAAACGGGAGGAGGACUUACCACCCAACAACAGCAGAUGGUCCAACAAUUCCGUAUUGGUAACAACCGAAUCCUGGAGCAGGAUCCAACACAGACGCUUCUGAACCACGCUUUCGAGGAAAAGAAUAUGUUGGCGCACACUCUUACCUCGCCGGUUCUCUCGUUGCAAUCUCUUGAUAAACUACCGGGAUACGAAGAGUUUAUCAAUGGACAAUUACACCGUGGUUACGUACUGGUAAAGAAACAAGAGGAGAAUGAACCAAUACAGCAACAACAGCAACAGAAGGAAUCAUUCCAAUAUACUGGCGCUAUGAUUGAUAUGGAAAAGUCGAUAACAUCGCUGAAUGCUGCUGCCGCUCUCGGUAACCACCGAGCGAUGUACACUCUUGGCACCAUGGAGGAGUUGGGUGAGACUGGAAUCAUCGACUUUGCAAAAGCCGCCGAAUGGUACCAGGCCGCUGCCGAUCUCGGAAACAGCGACGCUCAACAAGCACUUGGAUUCCUUUAUGCCACUGGAAAGGGUGUGCCUCUGGACGAUGCACGUGCCAUCCUCUACUAUAGCUUUGCUUCGGCCGCCGGUAACAUGGUGGCAAAGCUCUCGCUUGGCUAUCGCUACUUCUACGGAUAUGGAACACAGCGUAACUGCAUGAAAGCCGCACGUCUCUACGAAGAGGUGGCACGCUACGUCGUCGACGACUAUGAACGACGUGGAUUCGGUUAUCAUGUUGAAGCGGAGCGUUUCAUCGAUGAGGAUCAAGUGACCAAGUCGCACAACGAGGAGGAAUCGGUCGUUGACUUUUUCAAGUAUUCCGCAUCGCUCGGUGAUCCAAACGCAUUGGUUACGAUGGCCAAUCUCUAUUUGCAAGGUGGACUCGGAGUGGAACAAGAUUUCCGUGUUGCCUACGAUUACUACAAACAAGCUGCCGAUCAAGAGUAUCCAGCCGGUAUUGCAGGUGUUGGUUUCAUGUUUGCCAAGGGUUACGGUGUACCACUAAACAAUCACACUGCAUUCCGAUACUAUCUCAAGGCAUCAAAGCUAGGACAUUGGGGUGCAAAGUCCAACCUCGCCGAAAUGUAUCUUAAUGGUUGGGGUGUCGAACAAAACCAAGCACAUGCAUUGAAAUUAUUUUUAGAAGCAGCUGAAAAAGAAGAUACCGAUGCAUAUAUUAAUCUUGGUAAAAUGUAUACACAUGGUAUUCAUGUUGAAAAAGAUAGAAAUAAAGCAUUCCAAUACUUUUUAAUGGCAUCGGAAACUGGAAAUCCAACUGCUAUUUAUUAUUUAGCAAAGUUGAAUUUGGCACAUCACACUCAACCAACCUGUCAGAGUUCCGUAAUCUACUUUAAGAAGGUAGCUGAAAAGGGUCAGUGGGCAUUGGUGCUCACUCAGGCUCAAGAGUUGUACUCUGAGGGUGACGAAGAGCGUUCAUUGAUAUUCUUUGAAAAGGCAGCGGAAAUGGGAAUCGAUUUGGCACAGAAUAACGCCGGUUGGAUGUACGAUCAAGGUUUCGGUGUAUUGGAGGGUGACGAUGAAUCGGAUAUCGAUCGCAAUGCAUUCCGAUACUACUCGCACUCUGCCGAGCAAAAGAAUCCGUAUGCUCACCUCAAGAUGGGUGACUAUUUCUACUAUGGUAGAGGAUCGCCAGUAUCGGUGGAGCUGGCCGCCGACGCUUAUCAACAAGCGGCAAACCUUCAAAACUCACAGGCAUCGUUCAACCUCGGCUAUAUGCAUCAGUUUGGACAGGGUCGUCCACAAGAUUUCCACUUGGCAAAGCGUUACUACGACACCGCUCUGAACAUCAAGCCAAAGGCAUACAUCCCCGUCUACUUGGCACUGGCUGGCCUGGCAGCACACUUUGCCUAUCGAUAUAUCUUGUCGUUUAUCAAUGGCGAACCAAUGACUCCAAUGCUAAGCUCGUCAGUUGCCGACACUAAACUACCAGUAACCGGUGACACAACAUCCACCAAUCCACUCGAUGUAGAGGCAAACCUACUUUUAGAUAUCGACUUGAACGAAGAAGCAGCCGAACAAAUUAGAAAAUCUCGAUUAGAUUCAUAUGUUAUUGUUUUAUUAUUAAUUAUUUUCGGUUAUCUUGUUAUUCGUAGACAAAGAAUAAUUCAAAGAGAAAAUCAACAACCUGUUGCAAACCCAGUACCUCCACAACAAUAA